AUACUACAUCAAAUGUUUGGACUAUUUAAGAAUUGAGAUACGGAUAGUAUAGUGUAUACCAUCUACCACCAAAUGAGUGUCAAAGCUGUUAAGUGUUUGGUUAGCACAUAAUUCUUAUUUUAUUUAUUAUAUUAUUUCAAAACGGAUGAAAGUGUUAUUUAAUUUACAUCAAUCAAUUAAUGUACGAUCCGUUAAUUUAAACUUCAAUACAAUAGUAUACGCUUAAAACUUUUCAAUUAUAAACUCGUUUUGAUUGAUUAAGUUUUUAAUACAAUUUGUUUUCCAAAUUUUAUUUUAACAAUAAAUAAAAAGGAAAAUAUGGAAAAUAGUUUAUUGGAGGCAAUUAAAUCUGGUAACAUGGGAUGCCAUUCUGAGUUAACCAUUAUUCCUAUUUCUCAAAGUUCAAAAACCAGUAGUAACAGUCAGUAUGCAGUUUCGUCUACAUCUCCUCAGAGCACAGUUUCAUUGUCAUUAGUCCCUAAUGCGAGUGGUGGAAGCAGCAAAAAAAAGCAUUCAUUACCAUCCAACUCGCAAGGUGGUGCUCCUCGGAAACGAGGAAAGACGAGCUUACCUAAUUUAAAUCACAUGCCUUAUGAUAUGAACAGUUAUAAUCCUCUCUUAGACUUAACCAUGAAUCGUAAACACUAUCCAAAUUAUAAUACUCAACCUGAACAACAAUGGCCGUUUAAUUUACCCCUCAACUAUCCUGAAUUUCUUAUGAAUUUUAAUCAAGUAAACAAAAGAAAACCAUAUGCCUACGAUCAACCUAAAGAAAAGACUGCUGUGAAUUAUAAUAAAGAAAAUACUCAUAAUAAAACAAAACAUUAUAAACAUGAACAUAUGCCGCCUCCUCAAAUUACAUCGGACAGAAUAUCGGGUCAACUAGAAAAUGUUGAAAAGACAUUUGACAUUGAUUCGUUAAGUAGUGAAGAUGGUUGGGCCAAGUAUAAAGAAUUAUUAAGUGUAAUUGAAGAAAUGUCAGGCUCGAUCAGACCGAUUUACACUGGCUGCAAGAACUCAACUGAAAGGUUGAAAAAAUCAAUACACAAGGCAAAAACAUUGGUAAGUGAAUGUCUAAAAGAAGUGGAAAAAGUAUCAAGGCAGCUAUAGUUACUGAUUUUUUUGGGUAAAGGAAUUUAUAAAAACAAUGUUGUAAUUAAAACAAAAUGUUAUACUUACGUAGUGCUUUAAUAAUGUACAUAAUAUUGAGUAAGACAUUGGGUGAUAAGAUUUUACGUGGAACAAAAAUUAAAAAGAGAAAGAAACGACCUGAAGUGUAUUGGCGUUUGUUAGAUUGUAAAAUUACAUUGUUCUUCAGGCUAAUUUAAUUAAUAGAUGCAUAACUAAACACUAGUGAAUUUAACGUAUCAUAUUAUACAAUGUGGAUUUAACUAAAAAAAAACUAAAAUGAUUUAAAGAUUUUUGUUGGUUUUUAUAUUAAUUAAUAAAUAUAACAUACCAUAUAAAUAUUCAUAGAAUUUCAGUUUUACAAAUAAUAUUUGCACAAAAUAUGUCUUUUGUUUAUUAUAAGGUAUUAAUUGUUAAUUAUACUAUAAUUACAUGUAGGUAUAUAUACUUUAAGUAUAAUCUUAAUUAAUUUGUUUAAUAGUUAAAUUUAUUAAAAACUUAAGCAUCUGGCAAAGUGUACAAUAAAAGGUAGUUCAUACAUACUUCUUAAAUGUUUUGUCAAUAACAAAUUAAUAGUAAUUAAAACAGAUUUUCAAACUUGAAAAUAACUUUUAAUUACAUCAGGGUAUUUUUGUUCUCUAUUUGUCAUGUUAAACAGAUUAAAUUAUGAAUUUACAAUAUUUGAUACAAUAAAAGUUUUGUUAAUUUUGAUUUAUUUUACUGUUAUUAGUAAAUACAACUUUUUAUAGAAAGUCAAUUAUAUUAUUAUUGAAUCAAAAUAAUUUAAACAUUUUUAAUAUAAAAAUGUGUUGUAUAACAUUAUAUUUUUUUGUUUUGUGUUCGUUGUAGUAUAUCAAUAAGUCAUAUGUAAUAAGAAAUAACAAUAUAUAUUUACAUUAUUAUCUAAUUACAUCUACAUUAUUAUCAUUUCAUUGUUGGUUAAAAAGAUUUUUAAAGGAUGUCAUAAUUUAAAAAAGUAUAAACAUAAAUAUAUAAAUGUUUUUAAAUGUCAUAAUAGUGUGUGAGCUUCUUGUUGACUUAUCGGGGUCCGAAAAUUAGUUUUGUGUACUUGCCUAUAAUAAUACCAACAGACUAUUUCAUUUUAUUCUCGAACAUUAGGUAGAAUUUUUGACAACUGUAAAUGAUAAAAAAAUUAUUAGUCAAUGGAGUGUAAUUUAAAAAAUGUAGUAUUAAGUAUUAAUAAAAUAAUGUACAAUUUUAAUGAAAUUUGUUGUUUUCCAUUGUAAUUGGUAUAAAUAUUUACCACCUUAAGUUUACAUUUUUUUUAAACUAUACAU